AUGGCGCUCAGAGUUGAUAUAGCAACUAUAGUGUUACUCUUCGUGCUACGAGCCGGCGCGCCAGCAAGUUUUCCUGAGAUAUUGCCCCUGCACGGCUGGUGGGCAGGUGCGCAGGAGGGCGGUGGCAGUGAGGAGGCUCAGGUGGUGUACUUGCCGGCGCUGCUGCCGCGCGCAGCUCAGUCUGCCUCUGAUGACGCCGACGAUAUCCCGUUGCAUUACAGCUUCGAUGCCUUCGGAAGGAGCUUCGACUUGCAGCUGGUACCAAAUAGGCGGCUGAUGUCACCGCAAUUCUCUGUGUGGUCGGAGCGGGGGGAGGAGACCCCGCUAUCUACUAUUGAAAAUUCCUGUCAUUAUCUGCAUGCUGGUCCUACAACCGUCGCUGCGUUUUCAGCUUGUAAAGAUCACGUGCUACACGGUUUAAUAGUAACGGACAAUUCGACAUAUGAAGUUCGUCCGUUACCGACGGGCGCAGGUCGCGCGGAAGAUAGCGGCGGACGUACGGCGCACGUGAUACGGCGCGCGCCUCCGCCGCAGCCGACGAACGACGACGCGCGGUACAUCCGCCCGCGCGCGCCUCGGCCGCGUCGGCCUCGAGUACAUUUACACGCGCCCGCCAAAUACACUAUCGAGGUCGCACUUUUUCUCGAUGAAGCGGCCUACAGACUUUUCUACCCUUUCCUCAACUAUAAUGAAGCCGAUCUGCGUGAUAUGCUGCUCGCGUAUGUAAACGGAGUCCAAGCAUUAUACCAGCACGCAUCUUUAGGCACCCGUAUCCAACUAUCACUGGUGCGUCUGACAUUGUUGCGCUCGCAGCCAAACGAUUUGCCACUACACGCUGAGCGGGAGCGCCUGCUUGAUUCUUUCUGUGCUUACCAGAGAUCGCUGAACGUAGAAGAUGACGACGAUCCACAGCAUUGGGAUAUGGCGCUAUUGCUUUCUGGGUUGGACUUGUAUUCGGAGGAGGGCGGGAGACGCAACGGCGUAACGAUGGGUCUGGCGCCGGUGGGCGGCGUGUGCUUGGCGGCGCACGCGUGUGUGGUGGCCGAGUUCGGCACCAGCGACCUGCUGGGCCGGCCGUACCCCUCCGCCGGCUUCACCUCCGUUUACAUCCUCGCACAUGAAAUUGGACAUAACCUCGGUAUGCACCACGACGGCACAGGCAACUCAUGCGCACGCGACGGCUACAUCAUGUCGCCGUCGCGCGGCACGCACGGGGAAGCCACGUGGUCGCGGUGCAGCGCCAAGGUCGUCGCCGACCUGCAAUGGGCCACAUGUCUACUAGACGGUGGUGACGAUGAAGAGGUUCCGGAUGAGCUCCUUCAUGAGCGAUUCGGAGCAGCCCCUGGUGUUACAUGGGAUGCUAAGAAACAGUGCGAGGUGUUGCUUCGUGACGUGGACGCAGCGCCGGUGAGCGGCGAGCAAGAUGCGAGUACAUCGCAUUGCGCGCAGCUGGUAUGCCGCUCUCCGCACCGCGUCGGCUUCUACUAUGCGGGACCCGCUUUACCCGGUACUCCCUGCGGCCUGCGUAAAUGGUGCCAAGGCGGCGAGUGUGUGGCAGCAGAGCCGUUGUCAGACGCGGAAACUCCCGUCACAGUUAGCGGGACGGCAGACGGUUGGAGCGAGUGGCGGGCGGGCGCGUGCCGCUCCGGCUGCACCGCGCGCAGUCGGGGCGCGCGCGAGCGACGUCGCUCCUGUGCUAAGGGCAGCGUUUGCGAAGGCACCGCCUAUGACGUAAUGCUGUGUGACGAUACUAAGGAGUGCGGGAAGAAGAGACGAGUGAGUGCGAACGAGCUGGCGGCACGGCGCUGCGGCGAGUACGCGGCGCGGCUGCCCGCGCUCGACGCUCGCGGCGGCGGCCUGCAGGCGCCGCACGACCCCACUCGUAUGUGGAUGGGGUGUGCAAUAUUUUGCCGGCGCGCGGCUGGCGGUGGUUUCUAUGCACCGCGUGUAGAACUCAACACGGCUGGUCUCGACCCUUAUUUCCCGGAUGGAACUUGGUGCCACAAUGACGGUUCACAGGACUACUACUGUUUGCAGCACCACUGCUUACCUGAGAACUUCAAGAUGACACCUCAAUGGCACAUUUGGGAUUUACCUAGCCAAGACAUCGGGGGAGCCUUCAACGCGCGAGCGCGUUCAAUGGACGACGAAUCUGCAGCUGAUGCGAUACGCGCGUACUUAUCGCUCGAUGAGGUGGGCUCUCCACUAGCACGCGCAGCUUUACCUCCACAGAUGCCUGACGAACCAGAAGGUAACUGGGAAGUUGUAGACUACAUCGAAAUAAGCAAAAACCAAACAUCAGAGCCUGAUCUAUUUGACUAA